AUGGCAGACAAUAGACACCAUCACCACCACGCCCGCCGGGCGCAAACCUCCGACAACUUCGAUGCUUCCGAACUUACUCGAUCCUUCGAGCAGCUGAUGCGCAACAAGCGGUUCAAUCGUCUUCAGGAACAGUCAAGAAGCCGGUCUCGCACGCAAUCCCCCUCGCCUGGCCCCCAGCUGGCCUCUCCUGGACCCUUCCCUCCUCCCCCCUCGCGGGCACCACCACCACCCCCGACCGCGGGUGUUCAAUCUCCUCAGCUCCCGCCGCAGCCAUCAACUCCUCGGUCUUCGCUCCUACGAGGUCUCCCUAUCGUCCCGUCGCCGCCCCAGGACCCUGCGGCCUUGAAGUUCCGGAACCUCCUACACGUCUUGUCGGUCACACCAACCAAGUAUGAGAACCCGGGUCUCCUCGACGAGGCUCUCGCCCUCAUUCCUCUGGAUCGAUUGUACUCGGAGGCAGAGGAAGAAAGCCAAAUCAUGCAGGCCCAGGCCGCGAGUGUCAGGGGGAAACCUGAAUGGGGCUACCAGGAUUGCGUCAUCAGGGCUUUGUUGAGAUGGUUCAAGCGAUCUUUCUUCCAAUUUGUCAACAACCCAGCCUGCUCACAAUGCCUCACGCCUACCAUUGCCCAGGGUAUGACACCGCCAACACCGGAUGAGACUGCUCGUGGCGCUACGCGAGUCGAGCUUUACCGAUGCUCCGAGCCCACAUGCGGAGCCUACGAGCGAUUCCCGCGCUAUUCCGACGUUUGGCAGCUGCUGCAGACUCGACGAGGACGUGUUGGUGAAUGGGCAAACUGUUUCAGCAUGUUCUGCCGAGCGCUCGGAGGUCGCGUACGAUGGGUGUGGAACUCGGAAGAUUACGUGUGGACGGAGGUGUACUCUGAGCACCAGAGACGCUGGGUGCACGUUGACGCGUGUGAAGAGGCCUGGGAUCAGCCUCGUCUCUAUGCCGAAGGCUGGGGUCGAAAGAUGUCGUACUGCGUCGCCUUCUCCAUCGAAGGCGCUACCGAUGUCACUCGCCGCUAUGUGCGAAGCCCGACCAAACACGGCGCGCCGAGGAACCGUACCACGGAGGAGGUGCUUCACUGGGUCAUUCUCGAAAUCCGAAAGAAGCGCCGUGAUAACUCGUCCAAGACGGACCAACGACGACUGAUCAAGGAAGACGAGCGCGAAGAGAGAGAAUUGCGCGCUUAUACAGCAUCUGCCCUCGCUGCCGAGCUCAACAACCUGCUCCCCCGGAACCACACCAGUGGGCGAUUGGACGAACAGAAGACGCCCACGCGGCAAGACUCCGACUGGGUCAGCGCGAGACAGGCUGGACAACAUGGACCAGACCGAUCACAGGAUGGGCGGUAA